CUAUCCGACGAGUAGGACAGAGAUCCAGAAAAAGAUCCCACGUGACACCCACCCCCAAUCUUCGUCCAUCCAGCAAAGCACAGCGACUCCUCUCCGGCCGCCGGCGGCUUCGCCUUCUCGCCCCCUCUCAAAUAUAUAAACAUUCCCCGUCUCACUCCCUCGUGCGCCAAACACGAUUCCCAAAACCAAUUUCGCUUCGCGAAGCUCCGUUGCCUCUCUAGUCUCUAGUCUCUAGUCUCCGCCGCCGCCGCCGGCACGGUUGUUGCUGGGGAUGGGAGAGACGGGAGGGGCGGCAGCGCCGCUUCUGCCGCGGGAGGAUGGGAAGGCCCAUGGGCGCGGAGGAGCGACGUGUGCGCAGACGCUGGGCAACGUGGUGGUGUCAAUCGUCGGCACGGGUGUGCUCGGCCUCCCCUACGCCUUCAGCGCCGCCGGCUGGGUCGCGGGAUCCCUCGGCGUCGCUGCCGCCGGCUGCGCCACGCUCUACUGCAUGCUCCUCCUCGUGGACUGUAGAGAUAAAUUGGCAGAGGAAGAAACUGAAGAACCCUGCCAUGUCCACUAUACAUAUGGGGAUUUGGGUGAGAAGUGCUUUGGGACUAUAGGUCGAUCCUUGACGGAAAUCUUCAUCCUUGUUUCUCAAGCGGGUGGUUCUGUAGCUUACCUAGUAUUUAUUGGUGAAAAUCUCCAUUCCAUUUUUGGCCAGUCGAUGUCACCAGCUGGCUUCAUCUUUGCCAUCCUCCUGCCCGUGCAGAUCGCCUUAUCCUUCAUUCGUUCACUGUCUACUCUUUCACCAUUCAGUAUAUUUGCAGAUAUAUGCAAUGUCUUAGCGAUGGCAAUGGUUAUCAGAAAGGACCUUCAACUUAUUGAUCAUCCCUUUGCAAAUAGAAACACUUUUAAUGGGGUUUGGGCUAUACCUUUCACAUUUGGAGUUGCUGCCUUCUGCUUUGAAGGAUUUAGCAUGACAUUGGCACUAGAAUCAUCAAUGGCGGAACGGAGAAAGUUCCGUUUGGUACUUUCUCAAGCAGUUAUGGGCAUCAUAGUUGUGUAUGCAUGUUUUGGAGUAUGUGGAUACUUGGCAUAUGGUGAGGCUACCAAGGACAUCAUAACACUUAAUCUUCCAAAUAAUUGGUCCUCUGCAGCUGUUAAGGUUGGCCUAUGCAUUGCACUGGCAUUCACAUUCCCAGUUAUGAUGCACCCGAUCCACGAGAUCAUUGAGACAAGGUUCAGAUCAAGCGGAUGGUUCCAGAAGCUUUCCCACAAUGUUCAUGGUGCCGAAUGGUUAGGCUUGCACUCGAGCCGUAUUGUCAUGGUGGCUAUCCUGGCUGUUGUGGCAUCAUUCAUUCCUGCAUUUGGGUCAUAUGUAUCCUUUGUUGGGAGUACAGUGUGUGCUCUGCUCUCGUUUGUGCUGCCUACCAUCUUCCAUCUCAUUAUCGUGGGCUCCUCAAUGAGCCUGUGCCGAAGGGUGCUGGACUAUGGCUUCCUUAUAUUUGGUCUGGUUUUUGCUGGCUAUGGAUUGUUCAAUACUUUCUCAUCACACUGACUGAUCAAGUGAUCAAAAUUCAAAAUGGCCAUGAACCGCACAAAUUAUGGUUCAAUUCUUAUUAGAAAGUCGUCACUUCAAACAAUUUUCUGGAACCUGGGGUGGCAGACAGGCAUCAAAUCCAUUUGGCAUUGAUAUUCUCAGAUGAUUAUUCUGUGCCUUGAUCUGGAUUGUUAGGUGGAUGCAUAUUUCAUAUGUAUCUUUAUAUAGUGAAUUUGCUGUACAUGGGCAGCAGACCAUCGCCAUCAAACCAAUUUCAAUAUACUUUAUGCUCAUACAAGGCAUAGUUUAGUCAUGGUGUUUAUCAUGAGUUUGUUGUAAUCCUGAUAUGCUUGUCGUUGGGAAGUGUUUCUCAAUUUGAUUGUCCACACAGAUGAUAGACAAGCACAUGGGCAGCAGAAAAUUGCCUUCAAAACCAAUUUCAAUAUUUUUUAUGUUGAACAAGGCAUAGUAUAGUCAUGGUGUUUGCCAUGAGUUUGUUGUAAUCCUGAUAUGCUUGUUGUUAGGAAGUGUUUCUCAAUUUGAUGUUCCAUGAUAAACAAGCACAUGGGCAGCAGAAAAUCGCCCUCAAAGCCAAUUUCAAUAUUUUCUAUGUUCACACAUGGCAUAGUAUAGUCAUGGUGUUUGUCAUUAGUUUGUUGUAAGAGAAUUCGUUGUUGUAAUCCUGAUAUGCUUGUCGUUGGAAAGUGUUUCUCAA